GAGAUGUCUGACGCUCCGGAGCAACCGAGUCAAAGCGAACGAGACAGCGGUAGCGACCAGCGGGGGUUCGCACAUCCUGCCAGCGCUUUCGGGGAGGCGGAGUGACAGGAGAGGAGAGUCAGUGAGCAGGGUUUUGAAUUCAACUGCAUUUCUGAACAUAAAAACCCUUUUUAUUUUAAAGAAGUUUUUUAUUAUUAACAAGCUGGAAGGCCCACGAUUAGACGAGGACCCAAGCUUGCGCUUAAGGAAUCGGAAAGAAAGUGUAGGCUACCUGAUGUCAUCUCAAGAAAAACAGUGUAACACUCCGAGCUCAGAAUUGAAUGAAGUGAAUCCACUUGUGAAUCAUGAUUCUGACUUGUUGGAUAACUACACAGAAACUGAAGAAACAGAAACUGUUGAAGAAGAAGGAUUCAUGAGCAUUGCACCACUUCUACAGGCCCAUCAUGCCAUGGAAAAGAUGGAAGAGUUUGUCCACAAGGUAUGGGAAGGGCGAUGGCGGGUCAUUCCCCAUGAUGUGCUGCCUGAUUGGCUGAAGGAUAAUGACUACCUCCUGCAUGGUCACAGGCCACCAAUGCCAUCUUUUCGUGCUUGCUUAAGAAGCAUCUUUAGGAUUCAUACAGAAACCUUGAACAUUUGGACACAUCUCAUAGGUUGUCUUUUCUUCUUGGGUCUUGGAAUUUUCUACAUGUUCAGGCCGAACAUAUCAUUUGUGGCCCCAGUGCAAGAGAAAGUUGUAUUUGGGGCAUUCUUCCUUGGGGCCAUUCUCUGCCUGUGUUUCUCUUGGUUGUUUCAUACAUUCUACUGCCAUUCAGAAAAUGUUUCACGUGUAUUUUCCAAGUUGGACUAUUCUGGCAUAGCACUUCUAAUAAUGGGUAGCUUUGUGCCAUGGUUGUAUUACUCCUUCUACUGUAACCCCCAACCAUGUUUCAUUUACUUGCUUGUUGUCUGUGUACUUGGUAUCACAGCAAUUAUAGUUUCCCAGUGGGACUAUUUUGCAACACCACAGUACAGAGGUGUACGAGCUGGAGUUUUUGUGGGAUUGGGGCUGAGUGGAGUUGUACCUACCUUGCACUUUAUGAUAUCAGAAGGAUUUUUCAGGGCUGCUACUAUUGGACAGAUUGGCUGGUUGUUCUUGAUGGCAGCAUUGUAUAUCACAGGAGCUGCCUUAUAUGCUGCCCGUAUCCCUGAGCGUUUCUUCCCUGGAAAGUGUGACAUUUGGUUUCACUCUCAUCAGCUGUUCCAUGUUCUGGUGGUGGCUGGUGCAUUUGUUCAUUUCCAUGGAGUCUCAAACCUUCAGGAGUUUCGUCAUGGUGUUGGUGGUGGAUGCACUGAUAAUGACUUGCUAUGAAACUAAUCUCCAAUUAGGUGCACAGCGGAACUUUGAUCAAUGUCACAGGAAUUCAUGAUGAAAUAACUGAAAGAUCAAAAUUCUUACUACAGUUUAAUUUGGGUGAAUCAGUCCAAUAUUGUGUGUUUCACGACUAGUGAUCAAUUUUCUUACCUGUUUGGAUGAUAUAUCUUCCAACUGUGGCUGGAAACUAAUGGUAACCAGAUGAACACAAACAGAUGGGAAGGCCAAAUAACAUUGGGAAUACAGGACUCCAGCUGCAUCAGGACGAUGUUUUCAGUGGUGACUGUGGGUUUUCAAAGAAGCAAAAAGCCACGACAUCAUGGAGUCACCACCAGGUGUGACCAAUGCAAUUGUCAACUAGUCAAAUCCCAAUUUAAAAAAAUGUAAAUUAUAAAUUAUAAGUUAGUAUGUAAUUUACAUAAUUGCUGAAUCUGAAGCAAAGUUCUGCUUUAACUGAAUACCAUAUUUAUUUCUAUGAAAAGAUAUAAAAAGAGGAAGAAAAUUUGAAGUUAAUACUUCCGAGCAGAGUCUGGCUGCUUAUAACAAAAGAAAGUUCUUGUAAAUAAGAUUUCUAACUUUCAGUUAAUUAGAAAAUUUAUAUAAUAAAAACUUUUGUACAGUAAACAUUCGCAAGAGUACCACACACUGUUAACUACAUUGCACAAAUAUUGGUAGACAUCAGGUAGUGGAAAGAUGCCAGUAUAAGAAGCAAUGCAAAAAGCCACCUUUGUGAUGGCUUGCCCACUAAGUGUGCUGUGAGGCCUGAUAAUUUUAAUUUUCUAUUCUGCCGUAUGCUAUGUUAAUAGAUAGCAUUGAUCGGUAAGAUCAAAGAGAAGCAGGUGUGUGCAGAUUUCUAUUGAUUGUGCACCCACUUCAACUUGUAAGGAAUCACAUGCAUAUUUAUAUAUAUAUAUACAUACAUACAUACAUGUUUUAUAUACAUAUUCAUGCAUAUAUAUGAAUAAUUUUAUUUUUACUGUUGUGAUGUUCUGUGCAUGGGAUGGGGAAGUGGGUCUUGCCACUACAUUUGUUGGUUAGUAUGUAAAUGGUUGAUGUAAUGUGAUAUGACUGAUCUGUUGCAAUUUGUUUUCAGGUUCAGUUAGAAUUGGCUCAUCAGCUUUAAAACAUUUCCAGUUUACUUUGUCACUGUGUGGAAGUUUCAGCAAACUAAGAUAAAGAAAUAGGUUUCCUUUACUGUUGAAGGCUUAUGGUUCAAAAUAGCUUUUUCUCCUCAUUUCUGAGCACCUUGAGGCAAUAGUAAGGAAACUUUGCAAUCAGAUUUCUAGUUAAGGUACAUGUUUUGAACAAAUCUGAAUAAUUUGACUCUGUCCACUUUAAAACAUUUAGUUAAUUCACUCUGCACUCCUCAUUUGACUUUGGAUAUUACAGCUCCUGUUAUUUAGCCAGCUGUAAUAAUGCUGAUUACAUUUUUUUGUUUAUGGCUGGAAGUUUUAUAUGGAAAUGGUUUUGAAAAUGUUUACACUUGUCUGAUGAAGGAUAAUGGAGUUACCAGAAUUGCAUGUGACUAGUGCUCACUAGGACACUGGUUUACCAUGUAUAAUAUCUUCCCUUCUACCACUCUUGCAGAUACUUGCAGAAUUUAAGUUUCUGUUAUUCUUAAGUUGGCUCAAAAUAGAGUGGAGUGGUGACUGGGGGAUGUAAGAGGAAGGUGAAUAUCUUCUCAUUCAAAAGUUGUUGUCUGCUGACCAUGAAGUAAAAUAGACUGGAGAUAUGAAGAAACUUGCCAAACUAGCUGUAGGGAUGCAUUAGGGGUAAAGGUGAAGAAAGAAAAGAGCAACAGGGAAAGGAAAUAGUUUUAACUGAGUAGUUAAAACAAAAUUAUCUCAAUCCUGUAGUAGCCCUAACCACAUUUAGGCUCAAAGUUAAGAAUGCUAUUGUGCUCUUGUGAGGGGUUUUACAUGGAUCACUUCAAAUUUAACACCAAUAUUAACAUUUAAUUACAACCAUUUAAAAGUGAGAGCAGCAUGCCACCCCGUCCUGUAGUUAGAGUAGGAGCUGGUAAAAUUAGAAAACAAAAAGCAACUUAAAACAGAAAGACAGAUCUGUGGAUCUGGUUCUUGAUAAGAGUAGAUCUGAUCUGAAUUGAAGUGCUUCAUGCAAUGCAAGAGAUUUCAACUGAAUGAUGUGAUAUCUUGAUAUUUAGAAUCUUCAAGAUUUCCUGGAAUGUGCAUUGAAAACAACAAUAAUUUGCCCUCUUGAACUAUCUGAGAAAGUGAAUUUGGAAUGACCAGAAUCUGUGUGCUGAAAUGUUGCCAUAACCACUUACUGGAGCAGAUCAGAAUGGUUGGAGUUUUGUAGGGUUCCAAUUUCUUUCUUGUUCAGCUGACAUCUUCAAUGGAAAUGAAUUGAUUAUCCUCAAAAUCAGAAACCAUUUGAAGACAAAAAUCUGCUGUACUUUGUUUACUUGUAUUAUGUAUACAGCAUAUGUGCAUAGCUUGGUCAAGAUUUCUCAAGAGUUUGCCCGAUGCCUUAUUAAGAUCUGUGUUUUGCUUGUUUUGAGGAGUGUUUUAUAGUCAAUAAUACUUCAUUUCCAGAUGAAAGGAGGCCUUGUUUAUUUCUCACUGCUUUAAUUUGAGUGUCUCUGGAUUAAGUAUAUAUUGGCUAAGGGUGCAUAAUUGGAUUUUUACUUGAUGUAAGAUUUCAACCAAUAAAAAAAAAU